AUGAUAGGAGUUGUUUUAGUUUUGCUAGUAUUAGGAAGUGAAGGAAGUUCAUUUAAUUUAAAUGAAGAUCCACUUAAGUUAUUUGAGCAAUUUAAACAAGAAUAUAAAAAAGAAUAUUUGAAUAUUGCUGAAGAAUUAAGAAGAAAAGCAGUUUUUAUAAAAAAUGUAAAAAUGAUGAGAGAACAUAAUGCAAAAGAAAGUUCAUAUCGAAUGGGAAUUAAUAAAUUUGCAGAUAUGGAAGGUAGUGAACUUCUUGCAUCAUCAAGUAAAAUACAAAAUAAUAGAAGAAUGGGUGCUAGAAGAAUUCAAGAAAAAAUUCAAAUAGAAAAAGUAAAUUCAACAAAACAAGCUCUUAAACAAGAAGUUCCAAAUAAUUAUGCAUUAUGUACUUCUGAAGCUGAAUAUAAUUAUUGUGGAACCAAUAAUAUUGAUCAAAAUGUAUGUGGUGGAUGUUAUGCAGUUGGACCAGCACAACAUUUAUCAACAAUUUAUGCUUAUUUAACUAAACAAGCUGAUAAUAAUAAACCAAAACGAAAAAUGUUAUCUGCCCAACAAUUAAUUGAUUGUAAUACUGAGUCAUGGGGUGGAUGUGGAGGAGGAUUUGCUGAAGAUGUUCUUAAUUCUGUAGAUGGAAUUUAUUAUGCAAAUGAUUAUCCAUUCAUUGAUGGUAAUACAGAAUGUGAAGAUCCUACUGAUUGUACAAGAUUUAAACAUGAAUGUAAAGACUUAAAUGUUGAUUAUCCAUUAAAAUUUGCUACUAGUAAUAAAUUUACUCACUUUGCCAAUAAAAAUUGGGAAGAAAUAAAAGAAAUUAUUUAUAGAUAUCAUGGAUUUAUUAGUGCAAUGAAAGUUACUGAGUCAUUAUAUAGAUAUGAAGGUGGUAUUUAUAAAUCUAAAAGUUGUACUGGACAAAUUACUGACCAUGUUAUUACUGUUGAUGGUUAUGGAGAAUGUGAUGGACAUAAAUUCCUUUGGGUAAGAAAUUCAUGGGGAAAUGAUUGGGGAGUUGAAGGUGGACAUUUCAAAAUUGAUUGGGAUACUCUUUGUGGAAUUAAUGGUAUUGAUGAAUAUGGAGAUGGUUCUGAACUUCAAAAUAAUUUAUAUGUUGAAAUGGAAUUAGGAGAUGGUGAUACUGCUGAUUACGAUCCUCAAGAUGGUGCAGGGGAAAACAAGCAAGACCCAAUUGGUUGUGUUGUUGUUAAUCCAUCUGGUGAUAAUGAUAACAAAACAACAGGAAUUGUUAUUACUUUAUUGGUCUUUUUAAUGAUUUUCUUCAUCUAA